UUAAAAACAGAAACAAUCGCGUGUAGUUGUCAUAAAAUCGUGAUUUUUCACACGGUUCGGUGUCGUUGCCUCCAGUCUCGACCUCGUUUGACGAAGAUUAUCGGAUAACUCUGUAGCCUAUCCCCCAGGAGCUACAAUAAACUCGAACGUCGAGUAGAUAAAUCGUGAAAAAAUGCGUGAAAUAGUGCAUCUGCAGGCGGGCCAGUGUGGCAAUCAGAUUGGGGCAAAGUUUUGGGAAGUUAUUUCCGAUGAGCAUGGAAUCGACCCCACGGGUUGCUACCACGGUGACUCGGAUCUCCAAUUGGAGAGAAUAAACGUUUACUACAACGAGGCAACCGGUGGAAAAUACGUGCCGAGAGCAAUUCUGGUUGAUCUGGAGCCAGGUACGAUGGACGCUGUACGCUCAGGACCAUUUGGACAGAUAUUUCGUCCAGAUAACUUUGUAUUUGGCCAGAGUGGUGCUGGAAAUAACUGGGCCAAAGGUCAUUACACCGAGGGGGCGGAACUCGUGGAUUCGGUGCUCGAUGUUGUGCGAAAAGAGGCCGAGAGCUGUGACUGCCUCCAGGGAUUUCAAUUGACCCACUCCCUCGGUGGUGGCACUGGUGCCGGAAUGGGUACUCUCCUCAUAUCCAAAAUCAGGGAAGAGUACCCCGACAGAAUUAUGAUGACCUUCAGCGUUGUACCAUCGCCGAAGGUAUCGGACACAGUGGUCGAGCCCUAUAAUUGCACCCUCUCGGUACAUCAGCUAGUUGAAAAUACAGAUGAGUCUUACUGCAUCGACAAUGAGGCUCUCUACGACAUUUGCUUUCGCACUCUGAAACUCACAACCCCCACGUACGGUGACCUGAAUCACUUGGUCUCAGCUACCCUCAGUGGUGUGACAACAUGCCUGAGAUUUCCAGGUCAACUGAACGCGGACUUGAGGAAGCUUGCUGUCAACAUGGUGCCAUUUCCACGUUUGCACUUCUUCAUUCCUGGUUUUGCACCACUGACGUCAAGAGGCUCCCAGCAGUAUCGAGCCCUGACAGUUCCUGAACUGACGCAACAGAUGUUUGAUGCCAAGAACAUGAUGGCUGCCUGCGAUCCCAGGCACGGAAAGUACCUGACAGUUGCUGCUGUUUUUCGUGGACGAAUGUCCAUGAAAGAGGUUGACGAGCAGAUGCUCAACAUUCAGAAUAAAAAUUCAAGCUAUUUCGUUGAAUGGAUCCCCAGCAAUGUGAAGACAGCAGUCUGUGACAUUCCACCGAGGGGUCUCAAGAUGUCAGCAACAUUCAUCGGUAAUUCAACGGCCAUCCAGGAGUUGUUCAAACGAGUCUCUGAACAAUUCACUGCUAUGUUCAGGAGAAAGGCUUUUCUUCAUUGGUACACGGGGGAGGGUAUGGAUGAAAUGGAAUUCACCGAAGCGGAGAGCAACAUGAAUGAUCUUGUCUCGGAGUAUCAACAAUACCAGGAAGCUGCUGCUGAGGAGGACGGAGAAUUCGAUGAGGAGGAAGAGGGAGAGGGCGAUAAUUAAAUUGUACUUAUUCAAUCGAAAUUGAAAAUUUUUUACCACUUUCCUAGUCUGCCAUCAGAUUAUUCACCUUCAAUGCUUGAUUUUGUUCGAGAAAUUCAAGUUUCAUUCCAAAUAAAAUCACAUUAAUCUUCCUA